AUGGGUGUCUACAAUAGUAGGUUUGUUAUAGAGCCUAAUUCUGAAAUAGCAGUUUCAGGAUUCUCACAUCCAAGUAAGCCAAACUGGAUAACUGCACAUGCUAUCUCAACAGAAUUGAGUAUAGCAGAAGUUGAGCGAUUGUGGUUGAGAUUUCAGCAGAUGGGAGCAAAUCAAGAUGGUGUUCUCACACAGGAAGUGCUAUCUUCACAAAAGCUGUCCACUGAUGUAUUUACCAAAAAUAUUCUCAAGAAUUUCAAGAGCUCAGAUGGCAAUGUUUCAUUUGAAUCCUUCUUGCGGGCAUUAAAAUGGUGUGAAAGCCAGGAAACACAAGUAAAGGUCAAAGCUAUAUUUCAGAUGUUGAAUAACGGAAGUCCCAUCCCCAAAGACAUUUUCCAGAAGAUUCUGAUGCGACUUUACCCUGAAGGUAGUGAGGCAGAAAUACAGAGAAUUACUACUAUCUUCUUUAAAACUGUGGACAAGUCUAACAAAGGUGUUUUGGAUGAGAACAGUUUUGUGCGUGCAGUCCUGGACCUGCCUCAGGCAAAAACACAGAGCAUUCUCAACUUUCACAUCCUGCCUGAGCAGAUGAGACAACAAGUACAUGACAGUUUGCCAGAGUUUAGCAGUCAAGCAGGUUUCUACAAUACACCAAUGCCUUUUGCAGCCCAGAUUCCAUCUGAUUUAGUUUUGAAAGAGGUUGCAGAAAAAAUUCACAGAAAAGACUGGGACCUUGUUGCAAACCGUCUUGGAUUUUUCGCUGACGACAUUGAGAUUAUCCGCAGAAAUAACCCUGAUAACACACAUCAGCAGGUGCUCCAUAUGCUGACCAAAUGGAAGACCAGGGAAGGGGAUAAUGCCAAAGCUAACACACUAGAGAAAAUACUCCGUAAUGCAGGCAUGAUUGAAGCAUCACUUUUGUUAGCUCCAUAA